AUGGCCCCCGCAAACUCCAAGGCAAACUACAAGACCUACGAGGCCCAAGCCCGUAUGGUCCGCGCCAUCGUCGCAGCGCACCCCGAGGUGAAGUGGAACUACAAGGAAAUUGUCGCAUGCUACGGCUCCGACAUGACUGAGCAUGCCCUGAACCACCGCUUCCGUCGCGUGCGUGCCCAGGCAAGCAUCAUCUCCGAAGCUCGCGCCCGCAGUCUUGACAUCAAGGAACUUUCCACCGACGAGAACAUCCUCCCUGCCACACAGGGAGCCAUCGACAAGAACAACAUUGCCAAGUACUUUGGCCAGUCUACUGCGGAUGGCAUCCAGUUCCAGUUCCGCACCAUCAAGAAGGACGCUGAAGCCCUCCGUCAGACCGCUAACGACGGCGGUGACGUGGCCAACUGCCUCUCCCUCGGUGUCGGCUCAAACCUCGCCCCGGGUACGCCCUCAAAGCCUACCCCGUCUCGAAGCCAGCCCGGCAGCCGCUCCGGCAAGGGAGCCAAGCGCAAGGUCGCCGUCGCCCCCGUCUCGAGCCCCAUCAAGCGCUCUCUCUCCGACGACGAGGGCGAGGAUGACGAGCUCAACUUUGACGAGAUGGACGUCACCCCUUCGAAGCGCGCCAAGACUACCGGACGUGGUCCUGCCCGUGGAACGACGCCCUCCCGCUCUGCUGCCGUCAAGGCCGCCGCUACCAUCGCCGAAGCCGCACAGCAGCAGCCCCUGAGCAGCGGGUCGUCCCCCGAAGAGAUGCCCGCUCCCGUUGUCGCACCCAUCGCGGCCCCGGUUCUCACUCAUCCUCCCCCUCCUCCCAACACCAUUCGUCCCCAGUCCCUCUUUGGCGAUGUCGAGCGCAAGCCCCAGCCUCAGCAGCCCCGCGGAUUCAUGACUAACCAUGGUUCUGGCAUGAGCUUCAUGGGUGCUACCACGCCUUGGCCUGAGCUCAACAGCUUCUCCAACAACAACAGCAGCUUCAUGAACCACGAUGAUCUGCACUACAUGAACUAUGACGACGGUGAAGGAGAGAUCUAG